AUGUGGAAAAAGCGUAAGAGAAAUGAGAUAAACUUUAAAAUGUUAACAAGUAAACUUAUAAGACCGAGAACAAAAAGAAUAGCAAUUGAUUAUGGACAUAAUAGUCAAGAAAACCCAUUAAAAGAAGCAACAGUUGAGCCAAUUGAGUCGAUGUUGGUUCAAAGAUUUAAGCGGGAAUGGCCCUUGCGCUUGUGGCGCCAGAUCAGCUUCACCGACGACUUUAUACAUAAAAUCAACCCACACUGGUUGCAAUUCUCACCUCCCAGUCCUUCCUUAUAUUAUGGAUUCGGUGGAUUGUACAUUCUGAUGGCUCUGCUCGGUUGUCUUGGCAACUCUGUCGUCAUAUUGAUGUAUUUUAGGUGCCGGACGCUUCGUACUCCGGGAAAUAUUCUAGUGGCUAAUCUCGCGCUGAGUGAUUUUUUGAUGUUAGCCAAAACACCGAUUUUCAUUUUUAACUCCUUUUACCUUGGCCCGGCUCUGGGAAAGCCCGGAUGUGUGACGUAUGGAUUUAUCGGAGGAUUAAGUGGUACGACGUCAAUAGCUACACUCACUGCCAUUGCUUUGGACCGUUACUGGGCAGUGGUGUACCCGCUCGAGCCUUUGCGGGCGCUCACAGCUAUCCGCGCUCGCUUGCUAGCCGUUGGUGCCUGGCUCUACGCUGGAUUCUUUGCUAUCAUACCAGCUUUAGAUAUCGGAUAUGGCCAUUACGUACCCGAAGGCUUCCUAACGAGCUGUAGCUUCGACUACCUAACCGACGAAAUCCCACCCCGCUAUUUUAUAUUUGCAUUCUUUUGUGCCGGGUGGCUAGUGCCCUUAAGCAUUAUUUCAUUCUGCUACACGCGUAUUCUAAGUAUCGUCGUUGGUAAAAGAAAUAUUUCAUCAAAAAGUCAAGAGCAACUUUCUUCGAGACAUGUCAAAGAACAAGUGAAACGCAAAGCAGAAGUUAAAUUAGCAGGCCUCGUUAUUGUAGUAAUUGCUUUAUUUUUUGUAUCGUGGACUCCAUACGCUAUCGUAUCGUUACUGGGAAUUUUUGGGAAAAAAGAUCUUAUAACUCCGAUCACUUCCAUGAUCCCUGCUUUAUUUUGUAAGACUGCUGCUUGUAUUAACCCAUUUAUUUAUAUUAUAACACAUCCAAAGUUUAAAAAGGAACUUCAGAAAUUAUUGUUCAAAGACAAAUCGAAACGUAUGACGGGAACAUUUAAAACCACCGCUUAUACAGAAACAACCAAAUUUCAUCGGCAAAGCAAAAAUCUUAGCGAAACAGAUGUAGAAAUUAUAGAAAUGAAAGAUAUUCCAUACAGUGUGGCUAAUUUAAACGAAAACACUAACAUAGAGACAGUGUCGUCGCGAGUAUCGGGAAGAGAAGGUUCACAGAAAUCACAAAGGAGCGUAAGCAUGAAAAGCUUUGAAGAAAGUGUAGUGACACCACCAUCGUGGUAUUCAAAACCAGAGUUUUCCAAAAAGAAAAGUUUUCACCGUAGACUAAAGAACUCUUUUGAUGAUUAGAAUGAUUUUCUUGUAAUAGCCCAGUACAUAUGAAGAAAUAAAUCAUAUAUAUACACAAA